AUGGUGCGCUUAACCCACUCCGCCGUUCACUGGCGGCGUCGGUGCAUCAAUGACACGUCCUGCGAGGACGAAGAGAGCACGCCGCCGAACAUCCAGCCCAGCCACCAGUACGACCGCGGCAGCAAGCGCCGCAUCGAAGACGCCAGCGAGUCCGCCAGCGCUACGGGCACAGCAACGCCUCCGUGGCUGCCGCCAGAGAGAAGCCGCCCCAAGUCCAAGUUGGCAACGAACCCGCCGCCAAGCCAGGAGUCGACGUCUGCGCCCGUGUCGCCGCCGGUGUCCAGCCGCCCGUACGCCAGCCCCACCACGUCGUCGCCAGUGCUCCUGGAGACGUCGCCGAGAUCCCCAGCGGCGCUUCAGCCUCGCCACGAGGGCCGUCGUGCGCGUCGUGAAGCUACCGCCCCUUACGCUCGCCUGCGGUCGGCGCCUCAGCGCGAUGCCCGGCCCGUCAUCAACCCACGCGGGGCGAUGCGAGUCACUGCGGACGGAUCGCCUCGGACGCAACUACGGGGACCGCGGUCACGGGAUCGGUUCAUUUCAGCGCAGUGGCCGCACCGCGUGAUUCACCUUCGCGCGCAGUUCAACCCGCUCGCGACGGUAUUUCCGUCGGUGCCUCACUUUGGGUGGUGCGACUGCCCAUCGCCGUGCCGUGUGGACUCCUGCCGCAAUUCGCUAAUGCAUCUCUACUGCAAUAUCAACUGCUGCCCGUACGGGGGGCUCUAUGGCAACGCGCCGGCCGAGUCGAGCAAGGUGUAUCUAGGGAGGAACGUGCGCACGAGGUCGUUGGGCGUGGUCGCUGGCGAGGCCAUCAAAGCGGGCGAAGUGCUGGGGCAAUACCUCGGCGAGAUGGAGCGCUAG